GCUCUGCAGAAAGACGUUAAUGACAGAAUGGCCAGUCAUUUUAUUUCCGCACACUGCUAAUCAACGUCAAUUGUUCGAUUUUUGUUGUGGGCGCACCGCAUAGAAACUCGAGAAGUUUCACAAAUUUCAAACAAAUCCAUAGCUCCAGUGCAGACUUGCAGAUCUUUCUUUUUCACGGCUUGUUUUGAAUAUCGUAUGUCCAUCCAGAACCUCAACACAUUUGACCCCUUUGCUGAUGCCAGUAAGGGUGCUGAUGAUGAUGUUCAAGACGGACUUGUUCAUAUAAGAAUUCAGCAGCGGAACGGACGCAAGACUCUCACAACAGUACAAGGCCUUUCAUCCGAAUAUGACUUGAAGAAAAUUGUACGCGCGUGUAAAAAGGAAUUUGCGUGCAAUGGGACUGUAAUCGAACACCCCGAAUACGGCGAGGUGCUGCAGCUCCAAGGGGAUCAACGCGAGAACAUCUGCCAGUGGCUGACCAAAGCAGGGCUGGCGAAGCCCGAUCAACUCAAGGUGCACGGAUUCUAAGCGCCAGCCAACAAGCAUGUCGCCGUUCCAUAAACGCUUUUUUUUCCUUUCAAUCAAGAAAUUGAGACCGUGCUAUGAACCAGUCACAGUAGCGUCACCGCAAAAUUGUUAGUUCGUAGACCUUGUACAAUAAUAAUAAAUACUUUUUAUAUAAUUAUGAUUGUGCCUUUGACGUAAAUACAUUACUUGUCUCAUCUGCGUUCACCGUUUUAAAUGUUGUCAGUAUUUAGUUUGUCGUCACAAUAAAUAAUGUGAUUUGGGA